UAUAUUUUAAAUGUACUAAAUUGCAACUUUAUCAUUACAAAUUUGCAUUUAAUAUAAAUUUAAACUAUAACAAUUUUCAUGUAAUUGAAAUGAACAUACAUGGAAUUACAUGCUAAUUUAUAUCAUUUUUCCACUGUCAAACUUCAGCGGAAAUAAAAACUCACCAUUGCAAAAUGGCAACAGGUGGUAUUUAGCUGGUAAUACGUGACUGUUCAUCCUAUCAGACAUGUAAAUGCCCUUUUAACAAUAAAAGUGAAGUGAAAUACAAAGACUAUAGGGAACAAGUGAAAGGUCAGAGUCUUAGCUAGAUCGUACAAGCAGACAGAUGCGUUUCAAACUAUAAAUGAAAGAGGAAAUGUGGUUACACCAUUUCCAAAAUUCAUGUAGGUAUCAACUGAUCUUGCCUUGGUAUCACAGCUAAUUAAAAUUUAUAGUACAUGUAUUUCCCUUUCUUCUUAAGAGCUGCAAUACAAGCAGGCGUGAAAGCAGCAGUGCUCUGAUGUAUAUUUUAAAGAGAAGACAUGCAUCUCAAGCAUAAGAUAAAACCACUCUUUUUGUUUCCAGUCAAUUCAUGUUUUCUGUGGUUAGUGGUUAGGUGAGGUAUUCCCUGAAUUUGACAUCAGCGUGAUGUCCACAUCAUUACAAAGGAACUAUUUAAAAUGAAAUGGAAAAAAGCAUUUCUUCAAGGGUUUUAUGAGUCGAUUGUUGUGGUUAUGGAUCAUCAUUAAACAUACUCGAUCACUGAACAUCUCUCAUAAUGAGAUAUAAGAUCUAAUAUUGAAUACAAUUUACAAAAGAUAUUCAUUUAUUUUACAUAUUGAAGUAUUUAGACAUUAUUGAUUCAAGUAAAAUAAUACAACAAUAUACAGGAUGACACUCAUUAGGACAAAACACUCAUUACCGCAAAAUGGGAAAUUCCUUUGAAGCACGUGCCAAAAAGAGGAAACCAAUAAGGUUUAAAGGUCUCAGAGAUGAACCACCAAAAUGCCUUUCAUCAUGUUUGCCCUGACUGGACUUCAAUGGCUGGACCUUGUUUUUGUCAUGUGCCUUCUCUGUUGGACAGACUGUAGCCCUUCUCAGCAGGAUGAUAUGGCUCCCCUCGAAGUAAAAUUCUAUUCUUUGGACUUCAGAAAUGUCUUACGCUGGAAACAUCCACACAAAGCUGCCAAAAACUUGAAAUAUUUUGUUCAAUAUAAAAUAUAUGGAGACAAGGAGUGGACUAAUUCUGAAGACUGUCAAGGCAUCCACGAGCUUGAGUGUGACCUGAGCGAGGCGACAGCAGAUCCCAGAGAAUGGUACUAUGCCAGGGUCCGUUCCUUCUCCCCUGAGGGCUUCUCAUCAUGGGUCCUUAGCCACAGGUUUUACCCUCAGUGGGAAACCAGUUUCAGCCCACCCCAGUUAAAGGUGACUGUGACAGGACAGACCAUUACAGUUCAGAUCAAACCUCCGAGGACACCACUGCGAGGACAGAAGGGCUCUAGAAUACGAGUGACAAAACUACAGAAACUGGCAUUCAGAAUAUACUUAAUGCACAAUGGUGUAGAUGAGGAAAUUCAUGAAACAGACAGUUGCUCCAAGGAGCUUGUGAUUGAGAGGCUACGUCCGAAAACCACCUACUGCCUUCAGGCUCUGUCCGUUACUCCUCGCUCAGGCCGCAAAAGCUUACGGAGUUCCAGCACCUGCGUCAACACUCAGUGAGGGUUUAGUGUCUCCCACAGGGUGAGGCUGCUUCUGGACCUUUGUUCAACAUGAAAAUUACACACAUGCACACUAGCCUACAUAGUGGAAUGUCUGCAAAUUUUCACCAAGGCCACCUUUACUAUAAGAUGGAAUAUAAGCCAGGCCUAGCCUUUUGGUUACAUUAAAGCUGAAGUGUGUAAUUUCUGUGCCACUAGAACAAUCAAAGGGAACAUGAAAAAUAAUGACUGUUUACAUAUGGGUUUCCUGAACACUCAUCUUUUAUUGGCUGGUUUGAGCCAACAGUAUAGUGUGAAAGGUGUUUUUUUUUUUUUUUUUUCUUUUUUUUUUUUUCUCUCAGGGAAAUCAACUUACUUGAAGUUAUUUAUUAUUAAGUUAUGGUAUUAACUUGGAUAGUAUUUUAAAGGGUUAGUUCCUCAAAAAAUGAAAAUUCUGUCAUUAAUUACUCAUCCUCAUGUUAUUCCAAACCCAUAAGACCUUUGUUCAUCAUCGGAACACAAAUUAAGUUAUUUUUAAUAAAAUCUGAGAGCUUUAUGUCCCUCCAUUGACAGCCUACACAACUACCACUUUCAAUCCCCAGAAAGGUAGCUAGAAAAUUUCUUUACUACCUUUAUUUUAUUUUAUUUUAUAAAAAAAUAACUUAAUUUGUGUUCAGAUGAUGAACAAAGGUCUUAUGGGUUUGGAACGACAUGAGGGUGAGUAAUUAGUGACAGAAUUUUCACUUUUGGGUGAACUAACCCUUUAACAUAAACAUACACACUUCAGCUUUAAUGCUAAUGACUGUUGAAAAUGUAUACAUUAACUAAUAGUCAUGUUUAAGGCUGACACACAAACACCAGACAAAAGUAGUUAUGAUACACAUUAUGAUACAGUGUUGGAACACAACAAAUAUAAAUGUUUACAGCACAUGACAGAAAAUAAAAAGAAAUGAUGAAAGAAAAA